CUGAGGCUGGACCGAGGCUGAACUGAGGUAGAACCGGGGCUGAACCGAAGCUGAACCGAGGCUGGGAUGAGCUGCUGCUGCAGGUUCCAUCCUGGUUUCACGUCUCUGGUCUGGAUGUUUCUGUCCAGGUGAAGCCGGCGUCAUGAACUUCUCCCACGACACCUUUGUGUUCAGAGGUUUCCCGGAGCUGCAGCACCACCACCGUCUGCUGGCGCUGCCGUUCUCCGCGUCCUACCUGCUGGUGCUGCUGGGGAACUCGCUGCUGGUCUACGUCAUUCGCAGCGUGGAGCGUCUGCACAGCCCCAUGUACCUCCUCAUCUGCAUGCUGUGCAUGGUCGACGUCCUCGUGGUCACCGCCAUCCUGCCCAACAUGCUCCUCGGCCUCCUGUUCGACUUGAACCGGAUCUCGUUGGCCGGCUGCUUGACUCAGAUGUUCUUCACUCACUUCCUGUUCGUGGAGUCCACGCUGCUGCUGGCGAUGGCGCUGGACCGCUACGUGGCCAUCUGCAAGCCGCUACGCUACGCCGAGCUCAUGGACUGGUCCGCGCUGGCCAAGCUGCUGCUCUUCACGCUGGUGCGCAGCGUCUCCAUCAUGGCGACUCUGGUGGGUUUGGCCGGUUCCUUGAGGUUCUGCGGCUCCAACAUCAUCCAGCACUGCUACUGCGACCACAUGGCGCUAGUUAGCCUAGCGUGUGGCAGCACGACCAGCAGCAGCGCCGCCGGGCUGGCCGUGAUCGUCUGCUUCGUGGGCGUGGACAUACCGCUCAUCUUCUUGUCCUACGUGAAGAUCCUGAGCGUGGUGCUGAGGGCGGCGGCCGGCGAGGACCGAUGGAAGGCCUUCCACACCUGUGGGACUCACCUGAUGGUCAUGAUGUGUUUCUACCUGGUGGGCAGCGUCACCUUCCUCUCCCACAACCUGAGCAUCCCCAUACCCACAGGCCUCAACACCCUCCUGGGCCUCCUCUACAUCCUGCUCCCCGCCACCGUCAACCCCAUCAUCUACGGCGUCAGGACCAAAGAGAUCCGGAGCGGCUUUCUGACCAUCUUCAGACUCAGAGCCAAGAAAAUGACGUUGGUGAAAGUUUCUCCAGCUGGAAAAGAACAAACGGGACAAAUCUGGAGUUUAAAGUGAAACCUUUACAGACGCUUGUUUGAGACGGGUCAGAUUAAAGGACGUCUCCUCCGUCCGGCCUGGAGACGUCUAUGGGUCCGAGUGAAUGACGACGCAACAAACCUCAAACCUUUAUGUCCUGAUUCAGCCUCAAUAACAGUUUGAGCUG